UGAAAAUUCUGGAUGAUAGAAAUGACCCAUAAAAACUUUGGAUCUAUAAGGCUGAACUGAACAAAAAAAUGAGCUCAGGGUCUCGUGAAGCAGUAAAGGGAGCAGAUGGGACUUAGACCCAAGUUCUGAGGGGGAGUGCGGCCUGAAGUCCUGCUGGCAGAACAGCCAGGAAAGGACCUGAGGAGAGGGUGGACAUCUUUCCUGGGAGCAGAUCCAGCAAAGACCUGGGGUAUGGGUGGACUGACUCCUGUUUCACGGCUUGGGCAAAGUCUCACGGGAAGGGUUAUAAGUAGUUUUAAGCUAAAUGAGGGGAUUAUUCAUAUUGUUUAUUAAAAUACUCUUUGCAUGUCCAUUAUAGGUUUAACUGCCCUGCUGCUGCUAAACUCGGCUCCUGCAAGGCAUUUAGGUACUCAGCACCUCACAACCUCUCAACGGCAUUCACAUGUUUAUUGAACAACUGACAAUGUCCCGCUUCCCAGCCAACUAACGACAAAAUGUUAUGAGCUUUCCCAGCCCCUAGUAUGGGCAGCCUGACUAAAAUGGGUGCUCCCCCACCCGGGCCUGGGUGAUGAGCCAGCUUAGGAAAGGGGCCUCUGCAGGGCCGGGCUGUGGGGAAGGAGAGGAAGUAGUUCAGGGAGCGAUAGAUGCCUUUUUUGGGUAAGAAAACCUCUUCUCUGUUCACAUUCAGCUACACCAAGGUGUGGGAUUUCUGGUGCCAGACUGUAUUUGGGGGCGAUGAUGGGGGAAUUCAGGCGCAGGCAGGGCUUUGGUGCACUUUGCAUUCCAGCUGGACAGUCGCCAGCUACACUCCACUCUCCAGGAACUUCUCCCUGCCUUCCACCUUAUCAGCUGUCUCAUUAGCAGGAGCCCGCACCCCCAGGACCACACGCCGCGCAGGGCCCAGAACACCGUCCAGGAGGACCGUCGCCCCAGACCCACUGUGUCGAGGAGUUCAUCUCUCCAGCCCCCUGACUCCGAGCCCCUCCCCGGCCCGCUUCAGACUCCGCCCCCCCUCCGCCCCUUCUCUGCGGUCCGGGCGGACUAACCCGGGAGGGGCGGCCCCAGUCCCAGCGCUGGUCCGGGCGGAGCUCCCGCCCGGGCGGAGCUGCGCCUGCAGCGUCCAGCUGCCGGACCGACCUCCGGGCGUGCAGACCGCGGGAGCGGCGCCGGGCCCCUCCCCCGCGCCCCCAGCCCACCCCGGGCCGCCCGAGCCCCCUCCCCGCUUCUGCGACUGUGCGGCACAUGGUGAUGAGUUUCCGGGUGUCUGAGCUCCAGGUGCUCCUUGGCUUUGCUGGUCGGAACAAGAGUGGACGGAAGCACGAACUCCUGGCCAAGGCCCUGCACCUCCUCAAGUCCAGCUGCGCCCCCAGCGUCCAGAUGAAGAUCAAAGAGCUUUACCGCCGCCGCUUUCCCCGAAAGACCCUGGGGCCCUCUGAUCUCUCCCUGCUUUCUUUGCCCCCUGGCACCCCCCCUGUGGGUGCCCCUGGGCCUCUGGCUCCUAUCCCCCCUGCCCUCUUGGCCCCCGGCACCCUGCUCGGCCCCAAGCGGGAAGUGGACCUGCACCCUUCUCUGCCCCAGCCGGUGCACCCCGACGUCACCAUGAAACCACUGCCGUUCUAUGAGAUCUACGGGGAGCUCAUCCGGCCCACCACCCUUGCAUCUGCUUCCAGCCAGCGGUUUGAGGAAGCGCACUUUACCUUUGCCCUGACACCCCAGCAGGUGCAGCAGGUCCUGACCUCCAGAGAGGUUCUGCCGGGCGCCAAAUGCGAUUAUACCAUACAGGUGCAGCUCAGGUUCUGUCUCUGUGAGACCAGCUGCCCCCAGGAGGAUUAUUUCCCCCCCAACCUCUUUGUCAAGGUCAACGGGAAACUGUGCCCCCUGCCGGGCUACCUUCCCCCUACAAAGAACGGGGCUGAGCCCAAGAGACCCAGCCGCCCCAUCAACAUCACACCCCUGGCUCGGCUCUCGGCCACUGUCCCCAACACCAUCGUGGUCAACUGGUCAUCUGAGUUUGGACGGAACUACUCCUUGUCGGUGUACCUGGUCAGGCAGUUGACUGCAGGGACCCUGCUGCAGAAGCUUAGAGCCAAGGGCAUCCGGAACCCAGACCACUCUCGGGCGCUGAUCAAGGAGAAAUUGACUGCUGACCCGGACAGUGAGGUGGCCACGACAAGCCUCCGGGUGUCUCUCAUGUGCCCGCUGGGGAAGAUGCGCCUGACUGUCCCUUGUCGCGCCCUCACCUGCGCCCACCUGCAGAGCUUCGACGCCGCACUUUACCUACAGAUGAACGAGAAGAAGCCGACAUGGACGUGUCCCGUGUGUGACAAGAAGGCCCCCUACGAGUCUCUGAUCAUUGAUGGCUUAUUCAUGGAGAUUCUUAACUCCUGCUCGGAUUGUGAUGAGAUCCAAUUCAUGGAAGACGGCUCCUGGUGCCCAAUGAAACCCAAGAAGGAGGCCUCUGAGGUUUGCCCCCCGCCAGGGUAUGGGCUGGAUGGCCUCCAGUACAGCCCGGUCCCAGAGGCCACGCCGUCGGAGAGUAAGAAGAAGGUCGAAGUCAUUGACCUGACCGUAGAAAGCUCGUCCGACGAGGAGGACCUGCCCCCGACCAAGAAGCACUGUCCUGUCACCUCAGCGCCUAUCCCGGCCCUGCCCGGAAGCAAAGGCGUGCUGACCUCUGCUCACCAGCCGCCUUCGGUGCUACGGAGCCCCGCCAUGGGCGCGCUGGGCGGGGAGUUCCUGUCCAGCCUCCCGCUGCACGAGUACCCGCCUGCCUUCCCGCUGGGGGCCGACAUCCAAGGGUUAGAUUUAUUUUCUUUUCUUCAGACCGAGAGUCAGCACUACGGCCCCUCCGUCAUCGCCUCGCUAGAUGAACAGGAUGCCCUUGGCCACUUCUUCCAGUACCGAGGGACCCCUUCCCAUUUCCUGGGCCCGCUUGCCCCCACGUUGGGGAGCUCUCACCGCAGCACCACUCCCGCACCCCCUCCUGGCCGUGUCAGUAGCAUUGUGGCCCCUGCGGGGCCCUUGAGAGAGGGGCACGGAGCACCGCUGCCCUCGGGUCCCUCUCUGACCGGCUGCCGGGCGGACAUCAUUUCCCUGGACUGAGUCCCGGAAUUAGGGACCCUUCGCCUCCCAACCCUGAGCAAGUACGCUGUGGAGUCUGACUGGCCACUGACCCCUCAGCGGGCUUUGGCCAAAGGCCACAAAGACCUUCCUGGACACCUGAUUUUGGCUUCAUCGCUGCCUAACAAGGCCAGCACCCAAAGGGUUAAUAUUUAACCUCUUUUUAAGGACAUUUGGGGUGUAUUUCCCGAAUGCUCUGGAUGGUGGGUACGUUCCUUUGGGGGUAUAAAGUAGGCAAAGGAGGUGAGCAAAGGGGAGUGAGCUGGAGGGAGACUCUGGAGCCUCACCCUUGACUGUUGGGGAGCUGGUGGGGAAGGGGCCCUUCGCUGGCCCCCCUCACCCCCAAACACAGCUCUGUUCCCCCAACUUCCACUGUCUUGUCUCUUACCUCUUUGGCCAAACAGACAGGCGGACAAAUUGCUUCCGGCAUCAAAUGGACAGAGGACUCUAUUUUGGGUUGCAGAUUUUUUUGUACAUAAGAAAAACCAAAAUACUCCAAAGAUGACUUCCCUGUGUGACUGAGGAGGCGACAGGCCUUCGUCCCCAUCCGUCCCCAGGGGUGUGGGAGCAGGGCCUGGCCUGUUGCUGGGUCUCUAUUUAUGUAUUUAAGUUCACUUUGCUCCUUACGCCCCAGCCCAGGCCUGAGCAAAGCUUUGGCUGCCCGUGGCCCGGGCUAGACGUGGCUCACUGCACCUUUCCCGGGAGCGGGGACCCGCGUGCUCUCUCCAGUCUCCUUUCAGGCUUUUGCAGAGUCUAGCACCUGCGUAGUAAUUUUACUUCUUAUUCCCAAAGUUGUAGCAAAGUUCUCAUCCAUAAUAAAGAUCGUGAAUGUUC